AUGACGUGCCUCAAGCUGGACGCCCUGAGCGUGCUGAGCCGCAUGGCCGUACCCGCGUCCUACGACCUGCUGCCCGGCGUCACCAUCCACCGCCAGCAGGACGCGGCCGCGGGGGCCGGCCUCGACCUCCCCGUCGACCUGGUGCGGUCCUUGGCCUCGGACAGCCACGCUGACCGCCGCCUGGACGAGUACCUCAUGACGCGCUUUGGCAACUUCCUGGACUCACACACCGUGCAGGUGCACCUGCUGGACCUGCAGCCUGUGGCCAGCCUCCGCAGGGCGCUGGGAGACGGCGACGGCGACGCCACAGGACGCAGGAAGAACGGCAUCUGGCAGCAGCUGAUGGGCGCGGGCAUGAUGAUGGGCGGCUCCACGCUCACCAUGGGGCUGUCCGCGCUGGCCGCCAUGGCCGGCAAGGCCCUCAUGCUGUCCAUGCUGUCGCUCGUGCUGUCCGCGCUGUCCGGCAUGAACGGCGGCGGCGGGGGCGGUGGCGGCGGCCACUCGCAGAAGCAGACGACGUACGAGAUCAUCAGCAAGCCCAUCUACACGCACGGCCACUCGCACUCCGCAGAGCUGCACCACGAGCCCUCGGGCCCCGCGGCCGGCUACGGUCUGUACGGCCGCGCCAAGGACGAGAGCACGCUGUCGGCCAGCACGGCCAGCGGCGUGGGCAGUAGCGCCCUGGGCGCGCCGCCGGGCCCCACCUACAUCACGCAGUUCCCGCGCAGCCUGCAGGAGUCGGCGCAGGUCUCGCACCACUCCAAGAAGGCCGAGGACGAGAAGGCGUCGUCGGGCAGCACCGUCGGCGCGGCCAACUACGACAGCCUGCUCAUUCGCAACCUGCAGUACGUCAAGGGCCAGGACGGGCGCGCCAAGUACGCCAUCGCGUCCGACUUGGUGCCCUCGGAGACGGACUACACGGCCAGCAACGGCGACGAGGCGGCCAACGGAGCGAGCAGCAGCAGCAGCAGCACGGCGCCGAGGAAGUACGCCAGCCACGACGACCCUGCGGCACGCAGCUUCCAGCUCUCCGCGGCCGAGGAGCUGCUCGUGCACCCCGUGUCCUUCCGGGAGCCGCUGCCCUCCGACGUGCUGUCGCUGACGGGGCCCGGGUCGUCCUGGGAGGGCAUCACGGCGGCGCCCUCGACGGUCCGGCCGCAGGUCAACCCGGCCUUCGUCGUGGCCAAGCCCGUGAGCGUGGGCGAGGACCUGGCCGGCCCCGCGUCCCAGGCCCCUCGGACCGUCGCCUACCGGGCCUACUCGUAG